AUGCUGAUCAACUAUGCUGAACUUAUGAGUCCCACAAGAGGCUACUUCAUUGAUGAGUUAGACACUCUUCUGAGUCUCUUGCCCAUCGAUGGAACCCCGCUCAUACUUCUGGGUGACUUCAACCUGCCAUCGGACAAGCUGCAGUCAUCCUGCCUGUUACCACUGCUAUCAUCCUUCGACCUCACCCUCAACCAGACUCCUCCGACGCACAGAGCAGGCAACACUUUGGACCUGAUAUUCACCAGACCUACCUCCGUGCUGGAUGUCACAGUAACUCCCCUUCACCGCUCUGAUCACCACUUCCUAUCUUUCUCACUCUUCCUACCUGCUGCUCCUGUCCAUUCCACCCCCUCACGCUCCUCCUCUCGAUGCAACCUGCACUCCACUCCUUCCUCCUCUUUCGCUUCAACUAUCCUGACCACCCUUCCCCAUCCUGAUUCAUUUUCUUCUCUCUCACUGGACACAGCUACAGAUGCUUUCCUCUCCUCACUCUCAUCUGCAAUUAACUUUCUGUGUCCUCUCUCCUCAAGGCCAGCAAGAUCUUCCCCACCUGCCCCCUGGCUGACAGGUGUCCUGCGCAGCAACUGGCAAGAACUAAGGAAGGUUGAGAGAAGGUGGAGGAAAUCCCAGCUUGACUCGGAUCUUCACUCCUAUCAGUCUCUCCUUUCCAAGUUCUUACUCGAAGUUACUGCUGCAAAGUCAUCUUUCUACGGAGGCAAACUGGAAUCAUCUGCAUCUGAUCCACGCAAGCUCUUCAGCAUUUUCUCCUCUCUCCUCAACCCUCCUCCUCCCCCUCCACCCUCUUCUCUCACUCCUGAGGAUUUUGUCACCUUUGAGGAGAAGGUUGAUAGAAUCCGCCAGUCUUUUGCCAGUCCCCACUCCUUCCACUAGACCUCCUCCUCUUGUUCUCAAUCCCUUAAACUGUUUUUCUUCUCUUUCCACAGAUGCUGUCCUUCAACUGAUAAAAUCCAGUAACCCAACCACCUGCCCACUGGAUCCCAUUCCAUCCGCAUUGUUCCAGUGAAUCUCGAAGGAUCUACUGCCCUACAUCACUUUUCUCAUUAACAAGUCCUUGUCAUUAGGUGAAGUUCCAUGAACUUUGAAGGCUGCAAGAGUACUUCCCAUCCUGAAGAAGCCCACGCUUGACAGCUCUGAUGUCAACAACUACAGACCGGUAUCACUCCUAUCUUUCCUUUCAAAAAUUCUUGAACGUGCAGUCUAUAAUCAGCUGUCUCUCUUUCUCACACAGAACCAGCUCCAGGACCCCAACCAGUCUGGCUUCAAACCAGCGCACUCAAAAGAAACUGCUCUUAUAGCAGUGACUGAGAAGCUCCAGUCAGCAAGAUCAGCCUGUCUGUCAUCUGUCCUGAUUCUUUUAGACCUCUCAGCAGCUUUGACAUGAUCAACCACACAAUCCUUCUGGAUGUUCUCACCAACCUUGGAAUCACUGGCUCUGCGUGGAAGUGGUUCAAGUCCUAUCUGGAGGAUCGCUCAUAUCAGGUUUCCAGUCGGAUCCAGUCCAGUCUGACAUCUCUUCAUGGAUGGCAGCUUACCA